CAUGUGUUCUUCAAAACGACUAAAUAAACAACAUUUACCCUUUCACAAUACUCCGUAAUUUUGUAUUGAUAAGUUACCUUAAAUUCCAAAUUUCAAACUUAAGUAUAAAAACUAGAUAAAUUGCAGAAAUUAUUUUAUUAUAUAAGUGGGUACGUUUUUUGUUGGGUACGUUUUGACCAGUUCACUCCCAGAGUUGUGUCCCAUGAAAAGUUGACCUAUUGGUUGCAUUUUGACAUGACAUAAAUACAUUUUGCUUUCAUUUUUUCAAAUUGCUAGUUAAUACUUUACAUUAAGUUUUACGGAAAGGAAACAACUGUUUAUUGGAUACCUUGGGGGUAUUUGUUUUAUGUUGUUAACUUUAAGAUGUCGGAUAUGAGAUGGAGUUUCGGGUGAUCGUGAUUCUGACGAUAGAAUCAUGGUCCAUGGACUUCAGUAUUAUAGUAUGAAUUAUUACGUUGGCAUUUCAUCCAUCAAAGACACUGCACCAUUAAUACCAAGAAUCACCUCGUUCGAAUGUUCAGAGAAAUUAUCUUCAGCCUACACGUGUUCAUUUACUCUUUGAUGUCGCCGACAGAUGGCGGUAAGAAACUUGGGGAAAUGGACCAAUCACGAACGAAGCUGUCGGUGUCUGGCGGCAAUUUUGGUUAGAACUUUUGAAAGAUUUUGUGUCGAUAAAAAAUUUCAAGGACCAAAAUUAGUGCAAAACAAAGACAAAGGGUUUGUGUCAAGAAGCUUUAAAAAGCUUGAAGAAAUGUUGGGUGCACGGAAUUUGAAGAAAUUAAUAGAGAGCGACAUUGAUACAGAACCAUUGCCAUCAUGUUUGAUGCAGACACUGGAUGGCCAGAAGUCUUUCACAGUUUCUGUUGAAGGAAACAUUGGAAGUGGAAAGACAACACUUUUAGAAUAUUUCAAAAAUUCUUCACAUGUUGAGUCUGUACUGGAACCAGUGGAACAAUGGACAAAUGUUAAUGGCCACAAUGCACUGGGUUUGUUGUACGAAGACCCUUCCAGGUGGAGUUUUACAUUCAACAUGUACGCCAUGCUGACCCGAAUUCAGAUGCACAAAGCACCUCAUAACAAGCCAAUUAAAAUGCUUGAGAGAUCCUUGUACAGCACACAGUAUUGCUUUGUUGAAAAUGAUUUCAGGAAUAAAACAAUAAAUGGACUGGAGCAUGCUAUCUUGACAGAGUGGUUUAACUGGCUGCUUAAGACUCAGGAUACCAAGGUUGAUCUUAUAGUGUAUCUGAGGGCUGACCCUGAAACCUGCUAUGAGCGAAUUAAGUUGAGAUCACGAAAAGAAGAAACGUGUGUUCCAAUGUCGCUAAUUGAAGACUUACACAAUCUCCACGAAGAAUGGUUAAUCAAGCGCAUUCCUUUCAAACCGCCUGCGCCUGUCCUUGUAUUGGAUGCAAACAAUGAAUAUGAGAAAAUGACAACCGUUUAUGAAGACAAGAAACAAGAAAUUCUCUGUGGUUAUGAAUAAUGGACAAGUUCAUUUUAUAUUAGUCUUGUACAUUUAUGUAAAUAGAAACGGGUAUUAGAAAAUAUGGACAUGUUGUGUAUUUUAAUUUUGUUUAUUUAAUACUUAAUCAGUGUUCUCGCUGCUCCAUUUAAGCAGGGCGGCCUGCCCCGCUAUUGCAUUUUGCCACCCUCCUUUUACGUUGUCCGCCCUCCUUUA